CUCGUUAGCUCGUCAUGGGGGAGGCAGACGUGACGCUCAGUCAGUCCGACGAGAAGCCUCCGGACUCCGGCUCGGCUCCCGGAGAGGACGCGGUGGUCUGGAGCCACGAGGUGGAGGUCUGUCUGUUCCACGCGAUGAUCGGACACAAGCCCGUCGGAGUGAACCGUCACUUCCACAUGAUCUGCAUCAGAGACAAGUUCAGCCAGAACAUCGGCCGGCAGGUUUCCUCCUCCGUCAUCUGGGAUCAUCUGGGGACGAUGUACGACAUGCAGGCUCUGCACGAGUCGGAGAUCCUGCCGUUUCCAAACACAGAGAAGAGCUUCUCUCUGCCUGAUGACAUCAUCCAGGAGGUGAAAGAAGGGAAGCUGGGCUCGGAGGAGGAGACCAAAGAGGAGUUCAGGAUGGAGAGAGAACCUCCAGCUACACAUGAAGAAGGCAGCAACUCGUCGGUGAAGAUGUCGGAGCGAACGAGCAGCGGUCGGGACAAGGAGAGAGAGCGGGACAAGGAGAAGGGAGGGAGCGAAGGAGGAGCGGCAUCAGGAGGGGGAGGAGCAGGAGGUGGUGCUGGAGGAGGAGGCGCUGGAGGAGGAGGAGGCGCCGGAGGAGGAGGAGGGGCGAAGGAAGCGGAGAAGAGGAAGAGGAGUCGAGCGGCAGAGAAGCUGCUAUCGUCCUCCAACCCGGCGAGUCCGGGAGGGGCCAAGAGGAGACGCACCUGAGAGGAGGACGGAGAGAGAGAGACAAUGUGAGAGGAGGAGAGAGAGAGACAGACAGCUGCAGUCAGAGUGACGAAGAAGAAGAAGAAUCUGAAGUCACGGGAGUCAAACCUGCGAGCUGCGUGUCACGUGACCGUCUGAUCGCCGCGCUGCGAACAGGCCGGAGGAGGAGGAGGAAGGGGAGGAGCUUCAUGUUGACUUGUUCUGCUCCUUCACUCAGCCUGGUGAUGCUGAGUGAUUUCUGACCGCAGACAAAGUGAUGCAGCAGAACCACGGAGAUCCUCUUUUUGUUUUUAUUAUUCUUCCACUCAUUCUUCUUCAAAACCAGGUUCCUACAUUACCCACAAUGCAACUCGACCGCCAACGACUUUUUUUGCCACCUAUAGUAACUACCGUCAUUGAUGAUCCAUGUUGUCAGAUACAGAUCCCUUUGUUGUUGGAUGAUAGCAGCUGGUCUACAAGGAUCCAGACUAUUAAUUUUUUUUCCACCGUCCCAAAAAUAAUUUCAUUGCUCUGAAGUCAGUAAACCAUCAAAAUACUAAAUGUUAUACUUUUACUCUGUUAUAGUAAUUUAUAGUGGGUUUUUUUCUUAAUAAAAACACACAAUUCAAAUGAUAAGGAAAUAAAAGAUUGUAUUUUUAUGGAUUAAAACAGAUCUAUUCAUUAGUAGUGUUAAUGAUGUGUUAUAAUCUUAGAGCUCGUGUUAGGAAGUUAAACAUCAUAAUUCAUCUCUAAUAUCUAUUUUAUAUUAAUGUGAAAACAUCUUCAAACUACUGGAUUUAUUCUAGUUUAUCACCAACUCUACAUUUUACAGAUUACAUUGAACACAUCAUGAUAACAUUAUAAUUUACCUUCAGACAAUACUCAUUUUCACUGAACAGAGCCUGAACGCAUCAUAAUGUAACUGAACAGAACCUCUGUUCAUUAACCGUUAGCAGUGCUGCUAACGUUACUAGCUCUCCUCCUGUUAGCGGUGCUGCUAACGUUACUAGCUCUCCUCCUGUUAGCGGUGCUGCUAACGUUACUAGCUCUCCUCCUGUUAGCGGUGCUGCUAACGUUACUAGCUCUCCUGUUGGUUUAAACACAGAUUGGUUGUUUACAAUGUAACAUCAUCAGAGAUCAGAGACUAGAAAAGCAUAAAUGACGUCCUGAUCUCAUGUUUUACUGAAUAUUGGAGGAUAACGAUCGUCAGUAAAACUUUAUUUGACACGGUUAACGUUUAACUGUGGAUUAAUUUAAGGUUUGCAUGUGUGAAGAACCGUGAGGGGGAUCAGUACCGAUCAUCAGCGGUAGCUAGUUAGCGGCUAACGUAGCCUGGAGGUCUCACUUCUCUUUCGCUCCUCUGGAUUUCUUUACUUUUCUUCUAAACUUGUAGUCCUUAACCGGAUCAAGCGACCGUUUCAAAGGCUAUCAGCUGAUUGGAUGGUCGUUAUCAGAGGUUCUGAUGCUUCUGACGGGUUCAAACUCCACCGACCACGUUGUGAAUGUGAAACUUAAGGUUGUGAAUUGAAACAAAACGUCCUGGCUUGGUUUUAAAAAGAAAAGAUUUAGGAUGGGGUUUGGUGAAAUAAGACACUAACAGUGGUCUCCAGGGUGAAAGUCCCUCCUCACCGCCCUCACCGGACUUCCUCCUUCGUCAUAAUUACUAUGACCACUGUAAGAUAUGAUGAAACCGUCUCAACCAAUCAGCAGCCUUCCUCUGACUGUCCAUGAGGCCGAUCAAUCAGCUGCUAUCAGUGGACAUUUAUCAGACGUCUCAAGUCUUUAUUCUACUUGAACACCUGGAGACACGCUGAGCUGGUUUACAUCCUGGUACUUUGUCUCUGUGGCUGCAUGAAGACGAGUUGACUCCUCCCACCCGAGCGCCUAAAGACAUCAUCAAACCUGUUUUUAUUUACAGAAUCAGUUAGAUCUUUGUGUUAAAGGUCAACGUGAUCAUAAACAUAAACAUCAAUAUGAAGUUGUGCUGUUUUUAUUAUAUUUGACAGGUUUUAUUGAGACUGUUUGAAAGGCUUUUUAUUGUUUGACUGUUAAACAUAUUGCAAUAAAUCUCUGUUGUAUUUUUUAUUUUUCCUAAAUAGAUUUUUUUUAAAGUUUAUUGAGUAUUUUUUUGUGUGUUCCUUUUCUUCUUAUUUCCUGACGCCGAUGGUCACAUGACUGGGGGAAAUCUCAAACAGGAAGUGAUCGCUUUCAUCGUCACACUGUAAAAAUAAAACGUUCCCUUUUCAUUUUUAUUGUUAAUUUAUUGAUGUUUGAGGCUGUUUGUGUCAUUAAAGAUGAACUCAGAUCGGUUUGGUCUCCUCUCAUUCCUCAACAGAAAGAAACCUGGAAAGUAACUAAGUACAUUUUUAAUUCCAGUACAAUUUUGAGGUACUUAUACUUUCAUUUGUUAUACUACUUUAUACUUCUAUAAGUACUUCCCUACAUUUAUCUGACAGCUUUACUGACUUUACAGAUUUUCUGUUCCUAUUAAUAAUAGGAAAAGAAAACUAUAUGUAAAAAUGUUAUUUUGUAAAGUGAGAACUUUUGAUACUUUAAGGAAAUGUUGCUCUGAAUAUUUUUUUCA